AGAAACCAUUUAUUUAAAACGAUGCUUUGCUAAUCAAUGAUGCGUACAUUUACACUUUUUUUUUCUUCGGGACUGAUUAAAUUAACUACGAAGGAAGUAAAUUUGAGUCCUCAACUCAAUCCAAAUAUUCAGCGGAAAUUGAGCAUUCAAUCUUUUAGAAGAAAACUGAUCGGAUGAUAUUAUGGUACCAGAACUGAUUCGUUGCAUCAAUUACUACUUGUCGGAGCAUCCAACGAUCGUAGGAUUCCGGUGGAGCCCGACUCAAUCAUGGGGAUCAACAUGGUCUUUUCUCAUUUUUUCCAUCUCAACUUAUAUUCUCACCUCCAUCGUACUCCAUUUCUUCCUCUACAUCAUCGGCCGGAAAAAGCCAGUCCCAUUAGGAAUCGUCCCGGCAGUUUACAGCCUCUUUAUGUCACUCCUUUUCACCACAAUCUUCGCCGGACUUCUCACCUCAUCCGCCGCGGAAAUCCAAGAAACUAAAUGGUUCUGGAGAAGAUUCAAGACCCCAAUUGAAUGGCUCCUCUGUUUUCCCCUGGGAACUCGUCCCUCCGGCAGAGUAUUUUUCUGGUCCUACAUUUUUUACCUCUCCCGAUUCCUCCAGAUGUUCAACACAUUCUUCACUAUCCUACGAAACCGCACCCUUUCUUACGUACAGCUCUUCAACCAUUCCACUCUCAUCUGCAUGGCAUUUCUUUGGCUGGAAUUCUCUCAAUCGUAUCAAGUUCUGGAAAUUCUGUUAACAACCCUCGUAUUUGCAGUCAUCUACGGGUAUAGAUUUUGGACGGAAAUCGGAAUGCCCAGAGCGAAUUUUCCGUUUGUGGUUCUGAAUUUCCAAAUCUUGCUGCUGGCUUGCAAUCUGGUGGGCCACAUUGGAGUUCUUCCUCUGCAUUUUCUGAAAGGCGGCUGCAAUGGAAUGGGAGCUUGGGCAUUCAACUCUUUGGUCAACGGCGUCGUACUUUUCCCGUUGUUGAGGUAUUACGUGAAGAUCACGCGUUUAAGCAGCCAGAGAUAUGUUGUUUCGCUCAAGCCGGAACCAAAAUGGUGAUCGGAGUAAUCAAGCAUUACCCGAUUCUGUACAAAUUUUGUUUCAUGUACUCGAUUCUUAGUAGACAGUUUGAUCGUGAUUCUUAAGGUUUCUAAGGUGAAACAAAGAAAGAAAGUUGAAUAGGUAAUUGAAUGAGUCAUUUGGAAAAUAAAGGUUAGUCAAAUGUGACGUGGAUACAUUUGGACGUUGGAAAUCAAAUGGAAGAAUUUUCCCUCUUUCCAUAUUCCGUUGGGCUUUGGCCUUGAAAAUUGCACCAGAAUGGCCAACUAUGUAAAUCAUCGUGAAAUUUGAUAACCAUUUGGCUCCUUUUGGUUGAUAUGGUUUAUUUGCCGAUUUAGAAAGUUUGAAAUUGUGUAAUCAAGGCAACGAAGUUGCAGAAUCAAUAGCUAUAAGUUUGGUUUUCGG